CCCUGGAAACCAACAUGCGAGUUAUGAAUUGAAAAUAAUACAACUGUAUCUGUAUUCAGAAUAAUAUUCAUACAUAUUUUUCGCGUUAUUGUAUGCGCCUAUUAAGUGGUGAAUGUUGUUUCAUUUGAGAUUUGAAAUAAUUUAGAGUUUCCCCGUGACUGGAAUACACACCUUUAUUGCGGUAGAAGUGAACACAUUUUUUAUUCCAGAGUCUUCGUUGUCUUGGAAAAUAAAGUGCCUAUUGGGAAAGUGCAUUGAACUUGGUUGCAGAGUUCACCCUACACUCCGCAAGCAUGAAAUCCGCAGAGGAAGAUGCAUACAGUUACAGCCCAAACACCAGCAUCGGCCUUCCUCUGAGCAACCCCUGCCCAUCCUCCCAAUACCACAAUCUCCAGACCAACCCUUCCUUGUCAAUAUCCAUCAGUCAGCCGUCCUCAUUCUCCCCCCAAGACGACUUGAGCCCAGUGGGCUAUUUCCAGACAUCCGGUCCCCGGUCCAAUGGAGCUCCAACAUUGGAGAGUCCACGCAUUGAGAUUACAGCUUAUGGCCAGUUCGCCGAAGAUGAAGUGGAGGACAACAGCGUGCCAGUGGCCAAGCGAGUCAAUUCCAUAGUGACGUUAACAUUGCCAAGCGCCGAUGGUUAUCGCGACCCCAGCUGCCUUAGCCCUGCGAGCAGCGUGUCAUCACGCAGUUGCCACUCAGAUGCAUCGUCCUACGAGUCGGGCUUCUCGUAUAACUAUGACAACUCACCCCAGAACUCACCCUGGCAGUCUCCCUGCGUCUCACCUAAAGGUUCCUCAUCACUGCAGUCUUGCACCCUUGGUGCUUCUCCACGACAUUCACCAUCUUGUUCUCCUCGUACAAGCAUCUCUGACGAUAACUGGAUGGGCCCUCGAUGCUCGCGACCAAACUCCCCUUGUGGCAGUAAACGGAAGUACAGCUUCAAUGGCAGUUCAUCGCACAAGUACCAUCCGUACUCACCAAAUCAAUCACCGGGACCAUCGCCACAAACAUCGCCCCGUCUCAGUGUGACCGAGGACACCUGGCUGCCCAACACCAAUCAGUACACCAACUCUGCCAUUGUUGCCGCCAUUAAUGCCCUCACCACAGAUGGAUUAGCAGAUCUUGGGGAGGGGAUCCCUUUGAAGGCCCGCAAGACCAGUCUGGAGCACAGUGCCUCAAUGAAUUUGAAAAUAGAACCAGGUGGAGGGGAGACAGGAUCCCUGGAGCUUUGCCAGGAGGACUUCAUGUCAGCACGCUUGCCCUUCAAAAAAGAGACCUACUGCAGUGGCUUCUUGGACGUACCCCAACACCCAUAUUGGUCCAAGCCAAAACCUUACAUCAGUCCAUCUUUGCCUGCUCUUGACUGGCAGUUGCCUUCCAGUUCAGGGCCCUACAGCCUACAAAUUGAUGUCCAACCCAAAUCCCACCACCGUGCUCACUAUGAGACUGAAGGCAGCAGAGGGGCUGUGAAGGCACUUGCAGGAGGGCAUCCAGUGGUCCAGCUUCAUGGCUACAUGGAGAGCGAACCUCUGACCCUACAGCUAUUUAUUGGGACAGCAGAUGACCGCCUUCUACGGCCUCACGCCUUUUACCAGGUUCACCGUAUAACUGGAAAGACCGUGUCCACACCGAGCCACGAGGUCAUACAGUCCAAUACCAAAGUUCUUGAGAUUCCUCUACUGCCGGAGAGCAACAUGAGGGCUAUAAUCGACUGUGCUGGAAUUCUCAAGCUGCGUAACUCAGACAUCGAACUGCGGAAGGGCGAGACUGACAUUGGAAGGAAGAACACACGUGUGAGGAUGGUGUUCCGUGUCCACAUCAACCAACCAAAUGGCAGGAUGGUGUCCUUACAGGUGGCAUCCAACCCCAUUGAGUGCUCCCAACGCUCAGCACAGGAGCUGCCACUCGUGGAUAAACAGAGCAUGGAAAGCUGUGCUGCCUCAGGGGGGGAACAGGUGCUCCUCAGCGGGCACAACUUCCAGCACGACUCCAAGGUGGUGUUUGUGGAGAGAGCACAAGAUGGUCAUCACAUAUGGGAAAUGGAGGCCAAAGUCAACAGAGAGUCUUCUAAAUCUGUGUCUUUGCUUGUGGAAGUUCCACCAUACCGGAACCAAAGAAUAUCCAGCCUGGUUCAUGUGAAUUUCUACGUGUGCAACGGCAAACGAAAGAGAAGCCAGUACCAACGCUUCACAUACCUACCCACAAAUGUUCCAACCAUAAAAUCAGAGCCACACGAUGACUACGACCUUCCCCAGGUAUGUACACCACUCCAUCCCGCCGAGUUGGCUUUGCAUCCAAAGCCCUACUAUAGCCCACCAACAUUGACCCCCAUGAUGCCUUCAGAACUAAGGCCCUGUGUCACGGGCUCAUUUGGGACCAGCCCUCAAAGACUGCCGGCAAAGCCCACCUCCUUAUCCUGCUCCUCCUCCCCAAGCACCAGCCCUAAACUCCAAGAUCUCUCCUCACCUCAUCUUUCCACUAAGUGCCUAUCAGCAGGAUCAAACUUGGGGCCCCAGUCUCCUACGGUCCCACAUGUCUCCACCAUUCAGCCCACACCCGGACGCUACCCACUGUCUAUCCUUUACCCAACAGGAAGCACUGUGUCCUCUCCAGGGUCCCAUCCUUCCACCCCAAACUCAGCACCAGAACUCCCCUUUGCUCCCAGCCACAGUUUGACCCAAUCACAGGCCACCAGCGAGGCCUCGGCAUUGGCUGCUCAGAUAACCAAAGCACCAUUAAGGGGAGGAUCGUCCCCCCUCCUGCAAGAAGAGGGAGCAGCCCCCACCAUACUGGCUGUCAGCAUCAAGCAGGAACCGCAGGAACUGGAUCAAAUGUACCUAGAUGAUGGUAAGUGA